CUGUGAUAGUUUGCAUUCAUAUAUUUUAGUAUCGUCUCUCAACAGCUGAGGCAACAACAACUAACUAAACAAAGUCUAAAACUCCGGCCACGGAACCAACUAUUGACACAACGAAAAGGCAAUUCGCGCCAGUUGAUUCAAUUUAUUCACUAGACGAGCCAGUUCGUUUGAAAGAAACCCUUGAUCGAUUGGACUGAUUGGAAGAUAUGGCGUAUGUGGCCAGCAAUGAUCAGCAUGGCAAUGAGAUAAUGCGCGUCAUGCUGUGCACGGAGCCGGGCAAGCGGACGGUCGCCUCGUGCCAGAAUCUCCGAAUCAAUUGCAGUCCAGCCCGAACGCAGCCGGAUACGCGCCCGGGACGUUACGAUCAUCGCCAUCGUUUCCAUUAUUUUGCGGAUACCGCGCCCAGUCAGCGGCAGAAUGUGCUCCUCAUGCAGGAACAGCACAUGGAUCGACAACAGCAGCAGAGGGAGCGACAGCAGCAGCCAGAGAGGGAACAAAAGAAAAGGGGGCAGCAGGAGAAGACUCAGGUUCAGAUACAGAAAAAGGAACACUUACAGCUAGAGAAGUCGCAAUCGGAGAAGCCUCAGCCGCAGAAGUUGCAACUGGAAAGAUCGCACUUUGAGAAGAAAGCUCUGUCGGAGAAGUCAGAACCGGAGAAUUCGCAACCGGAGAUGCAGUCGCAGCUAGUGAAGGCCCAGCUGGUGAAAUCUCACUUGUCGAAGUCGCAGGCUGAGAAAAAAUCACAUCUGUCAAGUGCCCAACCGGAGACGCACUUGGAGGAGUCGCAAUCGGAGAAGGAGUACUUGGAGAGGGAGUGCUUGGAGAAGGACUACUUGGAGAAGGUGUACUUGGAGAAGGAGUACUUGGAGAAGGAGUACUUGGAGAAGGAGUACUUGCAGAAGAGGAACUUGGAGAAGGAGUGCUUGGAGAAGGCGUAUUUGGAGAAGGAGUACUUGGAGAAGGCGUAUUUGAAGAAGUCGUGCUUGGAAAAGUCGUGCUUGGAGAAGUCGUACUCCGAGAAAUCGCACUUGGAGAAGUCGCAGCCAGAAAAGUCGCAGCCAGAAAAGUCGCAGCCAGAGAAGUCGCAGCCAGAGAAGUCGCAGCCAGAGAAAUCGCAGCCAGAGAAGUCGCAGCCAGCUAAGUCGCAAUCGGAGAAGCAGCCUAAGCCGCAGAAGUUGCAACUGGAAAGAUCGCACUUAAAGAAGUCGCAACCGGAGAAGUCGCAACCGGAGAAUUCGCAACCGGAGAUGCAGUCGCAGCUAGUGAAUGCCCAGCUGGUGAAAUCUCACUUGUCGAAGUCGCAGCCUGAGAAAAAAUCACAUCUGUCAAGUGCCCAACCGGAGACGCACUUGGAGGAGUCGCAAUUGGAAAUUGCGUACUUGGAGAAGGAGUGCUUGGAGAAGGACUACUUGGAGAAGGUGUACUUUGAGAAGGAGUACUUGGAGAAGGCGUAUUUGAAGAAGUCGUGCUUGAAGAAGUCGUACUCCGAGAAAUCGCACUUGGAGAAGUCGCUGGCAGAGAAGUCGCAGCCAGAGAAAUCGCAGCCAGAGAAGUCGCAGCCAGCGAAGUCGCAACCGGAGAAGCAGCCUCAGCCGCAGAAGUUGCAACUGGAAAGAUCGCACUUGAAGAAGUCGCAACCGGAGAAGUCGCAACUGGAGAAGUCGCAACCGGAGAAGUCGCAACCGGAGAAGUCGGAACCGGAGAAUUCGCAACCGGAGAUGCAGUCGCAGCUAGUGAAGGCCCAGCUGGUGAAAUCUCACUUGUCGAAGUCGCAGCCUGAGAAAAAAUCACAUUUCGCAAGUGCCCAACCGGAGACGCACUUUGAGGAGUCGCAAUCGGAGAAGGAGUACCUGGAGAAGGAGUGCUUGGAGAAGGAGUACUUGGAGAAGGAGUACUUGGAGAAGGACUAUAUGGAGAAGGUGUACUUGCAGAAGGCGUAUUUGAAGAAGUCGUGCUUGAAGAAGUCGUGCUUGGAGAACUCGUACUCCGAGAAGUCCUACUCCGAGAGGUCGUACUCCGAGAAGUACUCCGAGAAGUCGUACUCCGAGAAAUCGCACUUGGAGAAGUCGCAGCCAGAGAUGUCGAAGCCAGAGAAGACGCAGCCAGAGAAGACGCAGCCAGAGAAAUCGCAGCCAGAGAAAUCGCAGCCAGAGAAGUCGCAUUCGCAGAAGUCGCACUCGGAGAAGUCCCACUCGAAGAAAGCGCACGUAGAGAAGACGUACUUGGAGAUGUCGCAGCCGAAAAAAUCGCAAUUGGAGAAGAAAUACUUGGAAAAGUCGUGCUCGGAGAGAUCGCUACUGGACAGAUCGCUAGCCGGCAGAUCGCUGCCGGGGCCUCCGCAGUCGGCGAAAUGGAAACCGGAGAAGAGGCAGCCGGAGAAAGCGCAGCCGGAAAAGAGGUCACAGCCGGAGAAGGCGCGUUCGCAAAUGCUGUACUCAGAGAUGAAUUCGGAGCCAGAUAAAAAGCAAGAGAAGUCUCAACCGGAGUUGCCUAAUCCAGAGAAGUCACAGCCGGUAAAGUCGCUGCCGGACAAGUCGCAUCUGGAUAGAUCGCAUUCGGAGAGAAUGACACAUCCCGAGAAGUCGCAUCCAGUGAUGUCGCAACCGGAAAAGAAGUCGCAAGGCGAAACUAAUCCGCAACCAGAGAAAAGGUCGCAUCCGGAUAUAUCGCAACCGGAAAAGUCACUGCCAGAGGAAAAGUUGCAGCCGGAGUUUUUGGCGCCACCGAUAAAGUCACAACCCGUGAAGCCACAGAUUGAGACGAGGGAAUAUCGGAGCGUGGAAGAGCUGGCCCUGUGGAACAGCAGCGAGGUAAUUGCGCAUAGCACGCUGCUUUCUACGGUCAACAAUUCGGAGGAUAGGAUCUACAGGAGAGGCAACAGUGCCGAUGCCUCGUCCAAAUCGCCAGACUCGCCCUUCUACGCCUGGCUGGCGGCCAAGAAUGAACUGCAACAGCAGCUGGCCAUGGAUCGCCGCCUGUACUCGGAGCUGGAGGAACAGCGCGCAGUGGAACGGGCGCGCCUGGCGCAGCUGAAGUACGAGCGCUGGAUACAGACCAAAACCAAUCAGAUGCGUCGCGCCAAAUCCGAUCUGAGCUCCGCACAGACAACGGCCAAAUCGCGACAGUCGCUGCCCGCCGAGGAGGCGCAGCGUCGCCUCCUCGAAUGGGAGCGCGAAAAGCGCUCCGAGCUCAAGGCGCAGCGACUCGAGCGCGAGGCGUGCCUGGCGCGCCAGAAUCUAAUCGAUUCGACGCGACGCGAACUGAGCGCCGAGGCCUGGGAGCAGUGGGUAUAUGCCGCUCGGAAUCGCCCCAAGCCGGUGGCCAUGGGCCGGGGCAUGGACUCGCUGCGCGCAUCCAAUGCGCCCCACUACCGCAAUCCCAACGAGUGGCAGACGCUGUUGCCAACGUCCCGGACGGGACAGCCGGGACAGCCAGGACAGCCGGGACAGCCGGGACAGCUAGGGGCGCAGGUGCGCAGCGGACCCGACUAUGAGCGGCUGGAGCGACUGGCACAGCCGCGACGGAAACUCUGGCGUCAGACCUUCAAGGAGCCGAUCCGUCUGACGACCAAGGAAUGCGGUGGGCCAACCAAGACGAUGACGACGACGACGACAGUCGGCUCCGGCGGAGAGCACCGGGAUACGGAGCGCUUGCGUCUAAGCGAUGCCGCAUCACAGACCCAGCCGGAGGAGGCGGAGCUGACGCUGCUCGAGGAGCGUCCAGCGGCUGCGACCAAGGAUAGCUGCCAGUUGCGGCCGCAGCGUAGUCCCAUCAUCUGGAGCAAGAGCAAUGCGCAGCGUGUGCGCGAAAUGCGCAAGGUCGUCCAGACAUCGGAUUGUGGCCAGGGGCCGCGCCAGCUGCGCGACGAUCAGCUGGAGCAGCUGCGCAAGCAGCAGGAUAUGCAGAAUAGCAAAAUAUUGCCGCGCAAAUUCCAACAGAAGCGCGAACAAUUGCGCAAAAAACUGAAGGCCUGGGUCGAGGAGGGCAAGGCGCUGCCGGAGCGCAGCCUGAGCGACAGCUGUCGCAAUCUGAAAGAGGAACUGAAACAGGAGCUGAGGCAGGAGUUGAAGCAACAGCAGCGACGCGCCGUCUAUGUGGACGAGGCAGCGAAUAUUCAGCGGCAUAAUGUACGGAAAAUGUCGCUCAACGAGUCGCGUAUCCAACGCUCCGAGGAGCAAUUGCAAUCGAUAGCCAGGAAAUCGAUUGCACCAUUGCAGCGUGCACGCAGCACUGAGCCGAAGCGUCUGCUCAUGGGCAAGGAGACCAAGGAGGCGCAGAAAUCAAAACCCUGGCGCUAGUUUGUCUAGGACGUUAGCCAAAGUCUGAGGAACCCAACCAACCCGCUUCCUUCCAUAACCCUUUAUCCUCAACCCAUUCCCUUAACGCCUUUCCUAACCUCCUCCCCUUGUAAAAACCUCCCGACUACCCCACACUUGAUGAUCUUCUCCUCUUCCUUCUAUUACUCAACCCCUUACCCUAACUACACUCUCUCCCAACAAUCCAUCUUCCUGGACAACGCACCUCCCUCAACCUCCCACCUUAACCCCACCUUUCCUAACCCCACCUCACAUAAUCCUCAUCCCUUCAGUUCCCACCUUCCUCCUUCCAUUUCCCUUUAGCCACUUUCCCCAUCCCUUCCCCACUCCCCUAUCCCUUUCCCAUUCCCAUUCCCCUUCCCCUUCCCAACGAUUCCCAAACAUAGUUU